AUGUCUGGGGCAGAGGUAGUAAGAUCAGGUAAUCUUAUUGUCAGUAGUAGUGUGUUGCUUGGUACAGUUUGCUAUGUAUUGUUUGAUUCUAGAGCGACACACUCCUUUGUGUCAGAGGCUUGUGUGCAAGAGUUGGGGCUACCAGUUAGAGAGUUACAGUAUGACCUUGUAGUGUCUACUCCAACAUCUGAGUUGGUUAAGACAUCUUCUAUGUGUUCUAGAUGUCCUUUGAGUGUUGAGGGGCGACCGUUUAUAGUCAAUCUUAUAUGUUUGCCUCUGUUGGGUUUGGAUGUGGUCUUAGGGAUGGAUUGGGUAUCUGCAAAUCACAUUCUUAUAGACUGUGUCUGGACAGAGCUUAGGUCACUGAGUGAUUUCUUAGAUGUAUUCCCGGAGGAAGUAUCUGGAUUACCUCCUCAAAGAGAGGUUGAUUUCUCUAUUAAUCUAGUGCCUAGUGUAGGGCCAGUAUCAAUUUCCCCUUAUAGGAUGGCUCCUGCAGAGUUUAUCCCACCGAAUGUCUCACCUUGGGGUGCACCGGUAUUGUUAGUCAAAAAGAAGGAUGCUGCAUGGAGCUACGAUGUUCUGAGGUCGGGUUACCAUCAUAUUCUGGUUAAGGUAGGUGAUGUGCAGAAGACUGCUUUUAGGUCUAGAUAUGGUCAUUACGAGUAUGUGGUAAUGCCUUUUAGUGUGACUAACGCUCCAGCCAUAUUCAUGGACUAUAUGAACAAAAUCUUUCGGUUGUUCCUAGUAAAGUUUGUUGUCGUCUUCAUGAACGACAUUAUUAUCUACUCCAAGACUCGUAAGGAGCAUGUUGAUCAUCUUAGGACGGUGCUUGGGGUGUUGAGGGAGAAAAAGUUGUAUGCCAAGUUGUCCAAGUGCGAGUUUUGGAUGGAAGAAGCUCAGUUUCUAGGACAUGUGAUUUCAGUUGAUGGUAUAUUAGUGGAUCCUGCAAAGGUACAAGCAGUGUUGCUUUGGGAGAGACCCAAGUCUGCUACGGAGAUUAAGAGCUUUGUUGGGUUGAUGGGCUACUAUCGUAGGUUCAUAGAAGGAUUUUCUAAGAUAGUGUCACCGUUGACAAGGAAAUAUCAACCUUUUUCUUGGAUGGACAGUAAUAUAGUAGUUUUGAGUGGUCUUCUGAGUCGUAUCAAAGAGAUACAAUUAUCUGACGUCGAGCUACAGAAAUCAGUGAGUUUGUUGGAUAUAGAUCAGGGUAAGGAGUUUGUUUUGGGAGCUGAUUGUAUUUUGAGAAUCAAAGGCAGAAGAGCAAAGGUGGAGCAUCAACGACCUAGAGGUUUGUUGCAUCAGUUGGAGAUUUCUGAGUGGAAGUGGGAUAGCAUAUCCAUGGAUUUUGUUACCCAUUUACCAUGGACGGUUAGAGGUCACGAUACUAUUUGGGUUAUAGUUGACAGGUUAACUAAGAGUGCUCAUUUCUUGACAGUGAAUUUGAGGAUAUAUAUGGCGAAGCUUGCUCAAUUGUAUAUCAGAGAAAUAGAGGGAGAAUCGGUAUUAGUUGGACCUGAGCUGAUUCAGCAGACUACUGAGAAAGUGAAGCUUAUACAGGAAAGGAUGAAGGCUUCUCAGAAUAGGCAGAAAUUCUAUGCUGAUCAGAGACGGAGACCGUUAGAGUUUGCAGUUGGGGACCACAUUUUCCUUAGAGUGACUUCUACUACUGGUGUAGGCAGAACCAUUCGUUCUAGAAAGUUAUCUCUGAGGUUUAUUAACCCGUAUCAGAUUCUGAGACAUGUAGGGCCAAUGGCCUACGAGAUAACCAUGCAUCCUCAAUUGUCAAAUCUACAUCAUGUGUUUCAUGUCUCACAGCUUUGGAAGUACGUGCAUGAUCCCUCACAUAUGUUAGAAGUAGAAGAUGUACAUGUUAGAGAUGAUCUCUUAGUGGAUGUUCAGCCUGUAGAGAUUGUGGAGAGUCAGACCACGCAACUUAGAGGAAAGACCAUCGGUCUAGUCAGAGUUGUCUAG